AGUCAGUCGACAAGUGUACAAACAGCACAGCAAUCAACGAUUGAACACAAGCAUAGACGCACCUUGCCAGACGCUGCAAUUCGCUCCGCACUCAAUCGUGCUGCAAGAAAAUGACUACCGACGUUACCGGCUUCGUGUCGAUAUCAGCGCUGCUGAAACGGCUGUCGACGCUGGAACAGGCCAGAAAGGUGUCUGCUGAAGAGAUUGCCGCAGCAGUGGCACUUAUCUUCACCAACAGUCUCUCACCUGUGCAGUUUGGCGUGUUGUUGUGGGCAUUGCACACCACGAAUCUCGAUCAUCAGGCCGAAGUUUUAGCAGCAUGUGCGAGCUCUAUGAGAGAUGCCGCCGCUCAGGUUGACGAGCCGGCACUGACGGAGGUAAUCAAACGACGAAGUCGACAGGAGGGAACAUAUCAAGGCGGAUUGUGCGACAUUGUGGGCACGGGAGGCGAUGGCCAUAAUACAUUCAACGUGUCUACCACAUCUUCCAUUAUUGCCUCGGCGCUGCUCAUGAUGGCCAAGCAUGGCAACAACUCGUCCACAUCUCUCUCCGGGUCUGCAGAUUUGCUGCAACAUGCUCCACGACCGCCCAUCAUCGCAGCGACGACUGCUACCAAUCUGCCACGUAUCUACGAGAAGACCAACUACGCAUUCUUGUAUGCCCGAGAAUGGCACCCGGGUAUGAAGCAUGGAGCUGCCGUACGUCGAGAAGUGCCGGUCCGUACUGUAUUCAACCUCCUCGGCCCACUUGCUAAUCCCGUUCACGACACUGGCCUGAUGGAGUGCCGAAUACUGGGGGUGGCGCGGAAAGAUAUUGGGCCCAACUUCGCAGAGGCUUUGCGACUCAGUGGCUCGAAGAAGGCAUUGAUUGUCUGUGGCGACGAGAAUCUCGACGAACUCUCAUGCGCCGGUAUUACUCACUGUUGGUAUAUCCACGAGGUGUCAGGCCAGGGUGAGGGAGUAAAGAGCACAGCGGAGAUCACUUCCUUUGAAUUGUCGCCCGAAGACUUUGGCCUGCCUCGACAUCCGCUGGACGAUGUGCAUGGGGGCAAGGGCCCGGAUGAGAACGCCGAUAUACUGAUGCAGAUCUUGCGUGGGCAGCGACCAGACGAUGAUCCCGUGCUUCAUUUCGUGCUUCUCAACACGGCUGCUUUGAUCACUCUGUCCGGGGUGUGCGACGCUGACAGCAGCGAUAUGGGACCAGGCGACGACGGCAAGGUUAUCCAAGAACGAGGUCCCGGGGGUUUGCGCUGGAAAGAGGGCCUCCGACGGGCGAGAUGGUGCGUCAAGAGCGGUGAAGCACUUCGACAGUGGGAUGCUUUUGUGGACAUCACGAACACGGUUCCUUCGUAGAUUUGCGGAGCGGUGUGCAGCGGCGAAUGUGAGAGUGCAAUGCACCAAGAUGGAAGAGGUUCUGCCACGGCGGCAGUUGGUCACGGCGGCAGGGUGGACUGCGGUGUGCCCUCGGUGCUCAUUGGUAGCAGCGAUGGUGAAAUGCGAGCUGCACACACGACUCUAGCUCGUGAAUGGAUAGCCUCCGUAAAGUCAGUCCUUGAUUUGCUCGGCUGCGAAGUAUUCCGCAG